AUGGGCAGUUCGAACUCCACCAGUGUUCCUGACUUCAUCCUCCUGGGGCUGGUGGAUUCCGCAGAGGCACAGCUGGUCCUCUUCCUGCUCUUCCUCCUCAUCUACCUGGUCACAGUGUUGGGGAACGCAGGGAUGAUCCUGCUCAUCCGCCUGGACCCCCAGCUGCACACGCCCAUGUACUUUUUCCUCACUCACCUGUCCUUCCUCGACCUCAGCUACUCCAGUGUCAUCACCCCAAAAACCUUACAGGACUUAGUGUCCCCCACCAAGACCAUCUCAUUCCUGGGAUGCUUCACCCAGAUGUACUUUUUUGUCCUCUUGGGUGUCACUGAAUGCUUUCUGCUCUCCUCCAUGGCCUACGACCGCUAUGUGGCUAUCUGCAGCCCUCUGCACUAUCCAGUCACUAUGUCUAAAAGUCUGUGCGGGGCCCUAGUGAGUGGAUCUUAUUUGUUUGGCUUCAUGAACUCCAUUGCUAAUGCAGCUUGCAUGCAAAGUCUGCGUUUCUGCAAAGCCAAUGUCAUCCAUCACUUUUUCUGUGACACAAACCCAGUGUUAGCCCUGUCCUGCAGUGACACCUAUGAGGUUGAAAUCACGAUAUUCAUUCUUGCUGGUUUCACACUCAUUGUGUCACUUGUCACUAUAUCUGGAUCUUACAUGUCCAUCCUCUCCACUAUCCUGAAAAUUAACUCCACUGCAGGAAAGAAAAAAGCCUUCUCCACCUGUGCCUCCCACCUCCUGGGCGUCUCCAUCUUUUACUGCACUAUGAUCUUUACCUACCUCAAGCCGAGGCAGUCCUACUCUGUGGGUGAGGAUCAGGUGGCCUCUGUGUUUUAUACCAUUGUGAUCCCCAUGCUGAAUCCCCUCAUCUACAGCCUCAGGAACAGAGAGGUGAAGAGCGCAGUUACUAGAAUCAUGCAGAAGAACGGCGACUCCAGGCAAUUAAUAGAGUAG